CUGGACAAAGCAGCGAGGAGUGGUUCCUGGGAGGAGAACAGUCCUAAAAUCAAUGGAAUAACCCGACACCAAAGCAAAAAGCCCCUGCACUUUCCAUCCAACAUUUAAAAACAAAACGUCCAGAGCGGGUCGUCGGUGUUUCGUGGAGAGAAUACUGAACUGCCACGGGGAAUAAAAAGAGUCCCCACCUCUGGACGGCCGGUGGGUUUUAAGUUUCUUCCCCCUAAUAUGAGCUGUGUCUGAAGGAAAUAACCUGCUGUUUGAGAGACCAUGCUGUCCUUCCUGCUCCUUGCAAUGCUGGCUGUCGAAGCAAUGGCUUUGAUGGAGCUGCAGGUCCCAGAGCAACCAGUGGUGGCGCUUCACGGCACGGAUAUAGUACUCAACUGCUCCUUCAGCGCUGCCAAUCCUUUCAGCUUGUCUGAUCUGACCGUCUUCUGGCAGCUGACAGACACCAAGCGCAAUGUGCAUGGGUACUGGAACGAACAAGACCAGCUGGUGGACCAGGCAGAGGGCUUCGCCAACCGCACCAGCCUGUUCCCGGCCCAGCUGGGCCUCGGCAACGCUUCCCUCCUGCUGAGGAGUGUGGUGGUGGCUGACGAAGGCAGCUAUACCUGCUUCGUCAGGGUGCAGGACUUCGGCAGUGCUGCUCUGUUGCUGCAGGUGGCUGCUCCAUACACCAAGCCGGUGCUGACAUUACACCCUGAAACCAACCUGCGGCCCGGAGAUGAGGUGGCCCUGACGUGUUUGGCGUACGGAGGUUUCCCCGUGGGCAGCGUGCUGUGGCAGGACGGCAGCAGCCGGAACCUGACAGACAACAUCACUACGUCAGUGGUGGCCAAUGAAGAGGGCUUGUUCACCGUGACCAGCGUGUUGACGGUCGUGCUAGAACCCAACAGCACCUACAGUUGUCAACUGAUCAACCCACUCCUAGGAGAAGAGGGAUACGCCUUCGUCACAAUCACAGGUCAGAACAUCGCAUUCCCCCCGGUGGCUCUCUGGGUAACUGUCAGCUUGGCCGUGUGUCUGCUGGUGCUGCUCAUUGCUCUGGCUGCUGUUUGCCGCAGGAAGAUCAAGGAGAGCUGCGAGGAGGCCAGGAGAGAAGCUGAAGAGGGCAAGAAACUGGAAGAAAACGAGUCAGAGACAGCCAUGACAUCAAUCAAGAGCUAAAGCCAAGAGAAAAAGGAGCCGAGGCCGGAGAGUCGGGGGAGGGAGGAGAUGAGUUUGCCACGUAAUCCCCAUGCCACCUAUCCAUCAACCUGGAGACUAUUUCCAGCAUCCCCUGCAGAAUGCCAAAGCCUUGCUGAGCAGAAGAUGAGUCCAUCUUCUUUCAAAGACGUUUUUCCCUUAAAAACACACAAACACAUCACGUGCCGUUAUUUUUCUAAUGAUCUUUCCCCCAGCCCUGUCAGCGGACGGUCGUGAGUCGUGACAGUGAGCACACGCAGCUGAGUGAGUUGUGUCCCGUGCUGUAUGCAGAGCAGAAUCCCCCGUUUGAAAACCACAGGAUGUGACAGGAUCCUUUCUCUGUCACUGACAUCCCUCUGUAUGGGUUGUGAUGGGAGAUGUGCCAGAGAUCUGCUGUCUGAAAGGAAGUGAGACACUUAAAGAGAUGACCCUGACUCAGUUGCCAGAGAGAGAAGGGGGGGUUGGGGCGAGCUUGGCUCUCCUAUUACUCCAGGUCUCGCUAAUUAGCGUCUGUCACUGGAGUAACUUGUACCUGUCAGUGUGUGCUGCUUUCCUAUAUUCAACAAGUUGAGGAAAUUGAAAUUGAAUGCCAGCUAAGCUCCAACACACUGCAAAUGGUGCAUGGGAUACACCCUAAUUUUCUCACUGACCUGACAGCCUUACAUGUAAGAGAUGGUUUUUAACGAACACAGACUAUGUCAGCAUUUUUUAAAUUUUCCUUUUUUUUUUUCUACUUUUUUUUUUUUUUUCUACAACUGCUUCGGAAAGUAUUAUCUACUCAUGCCUGGUUUUACGUGUUAUUUUACUGCAUUUUUUAAAAAGUGCUUAAGCAAGUCCUAGAUCUUUAUGUCCAUGUAUGAAUACCAAAGCCAUUUGUGUGAAAUAACCCACUGCCUAUUUAGAUUAAAGAGACAUGGUGAAACUGCCUGGCCAUUGGUAAUUAU